AUGGACUGGAGCCUCUGGAGGAAGCUCGCUUCGUCGAGGUCUUCCUCCUCCUGGCGCUCGCAGGGCACCCCCUCGGAUCUCAAGCUGCUGGUGGGGCUCACGACUGCUUCCGCGGCUUGCGCGGCUUCCGCGGCUGGCGAGAACUGCGGCAUUUGCGGCAGCGCGGCCUUGAGCAUGGCCGUGUGUUGGUUCAGGAUGCACAAGACCUCCUCCUUGAGGAUCUUGCGCACCUCCAUGACGGAGUACUUCAAGAAGGACUGCAUCAUCACAGGGUCGCGCAGCUGGAAAGCGGAAAGCGUCUCGACAAGCUCCGUGUAG